UUCUCUCAAAAAGCUUUCCGAAAUAACUUUUUGUCCCGUUUUUUCUGCGUUUUGAGCGGCGUUGCGCAGCAGCCAUUGCAUUUUAUCAUUGUUACUGCGAGUUGCACCGUUUUGUUAACCUUUUUUACAGUGUUUAACAUUUGUUGAGUGUUUUUAUUUAUGUUCAAUUUGAUUUCCAUUUAAUAAAAUGAAUCUAAAGCUGGUUAAUCGCAAUGAUAGCUCGGACGAUGAGGGCGAGGAGGAAAUGCUAAGUGAUAAUCCUGCGUCCGUAGAAUCCAAUAUGAGCGAAGAAGAGGAGCAGCCGGAAGAACAUGAUGAGGAGAUGGAGGAGGAGGAUCAGCCGGAUGAUGAUGAGGCCGAAUCAGAUAAUCUGGGAGCUGAUCGCAAUCCCUAUCCCACUCCGCCGCCCGAUGCAGGGUCCAAAAUGGUGCCCCCCGAUUCUGACAACCCCAAAUCGAUGGUCCCAAAACCAAAAGGAUCGCUCAUAUCCCUAGCUCUCAUGGCCAUCGGAAAGCUGGCGAGCCGAUCGGGCUCAUCGGUUCAGGCCAUAAUGACAUACCUUAAGGACAACGGUCAAGAAUGGAAAGAUCCGAAGAAAACCGCACGUCUCAUCCAUCGAGCUCUAAAAUUGGCCGAAUCCAACGGUGAAGUGGUGAUGGUUAAGCGCUCCUUCAAACUCACCGAUAAGCAGAAGAGCUCCUCCAAGGCUGUGGAGAAAAUGAAGGCUAGGAAACAGAAGGAGAAGGAGAAGAAAGCCAAGGCCGAGAAAAUUCAAAAGGAGAAGGCUCAGAAGAAAGAGCUCAAAGCGAAGAUGAAGGAAAAGAAGUCUGACAAGAAAAAAACCAGCAAACCCACUGAGCGGAAAACAAAGGAAGCUGGAAAAAAUAAGAAGACCGAUGACGCAUCCAAGAAUAAGCCGCCACCAUCCAAGACAGCUGCCGCACAGGCCGUGCUGGAAACAUCCCAGACACUGACCCCGGGAGCGGGAAAGAAGGCAGCCAAGUCCAAAAUCAAGCCGGAGGCGGAAUCAUCGGCGGCGAAGGCUAAAAAGCCGCGAAAGUCCAUUGGAACUCUUGCUCAGUCCAAGACACCCAGGCCGAAAGUCAAGGCGGUCAAGAAACUGGUGGCUGGAAAGGGCGUCAUCUCCGCACCGGAGCUUUCCGAUAUGGAGGCCCAGGCCACGUCCACUCCUCAGGCAGCUGCCAAGGCAAAGCGCAAGCGCAAAGUAUAGUUUUAACGUAUAUGUUUUUUAAGUACAUGUGAAACUUUGUUAAAAUAAAAUGUAUAAUAUUCUAGUUCCAAAAAGAUGAA